GUUGUUGUUCCGUUCUCGGCCCUUGGGGGUUCUCCCCAGUCGCCAGGGCCGUCGACACAAACAGCUCGAGAUGAAAAGCCAGCCGCAGGGAAUGGGAUUAGGUCACGGCGUCGUUUGCUGCCCCAGGUCUUGUCAAUCCAGGGCUCGGGGGCAUAGUUCGAAGCAUGAAAACUGCAAACUGCAUACAUACAUGUUCGGAGUUCCGCGUUGAUUCAUUGGAUGUGCGCUGGGCCACCCCCCAGUCGGCGCCUCCAGCGACUUCCCUGGCGCCGGAGGCGCGACAGGGAGUGUCGAUCGGGGAAGUCCGCGCAGAGCUCGGAACAUUUAUGUGUAUACUGUAUACUGUUUCGUUCUCAGUCUGAGGUCUCGCGAAAGGUGUUCUUCACCAUAAACGGGCAGCUGGUCGGUAUGCCCUUCACCAUCGACGACGUCCCUGCUGACGUCCCGCUGUGGCCGUGCGUCGGCCUUGACGCGCCAUGGGUGCUCUCGUUCAACUUCGGGCAGCGGCCGUUCCACUUCGAUUUGGACGCCAUCGCGGGCCCAGUGUGGCUGUCGCUGGACACGCCCUUCGAGACGGCGGAGGACUGGGCGCUCGGGGACCUCUCGGCGGCGCCGCCGCCGCCGGGGAUGCCACGCCGCCGGCGACGCCCCGCGGACCCAGACGACGGCGACCCUCGAGACGGGCCGCCCCCCUGGCCCCUCACGGACUCCUCCGGCUCGGAGGCCUCCUCGGAGGCGCAUUCGGAGGCGCACCCGCCCGCCGUGGACUCCUGGGAGGCGCUCGCCUCCGCGGCGCCGCCGUCUGCGCGCGGCAGCAGCGCGCCCCCCGCCGCCGCCAGCGGAGAGGACGCGCCCGCGGCGGCUGGCGAGCCGGCGGGGGGCCCCGCGCGGCGGCGGGCGGCCAUGCCGCUGGUGUCGAAGGCCACGGAGAGGCCCCUCCUGGGCCGCUGGGCCUCCGGCCCUGCGCUCGCCGCCGCCGCCCGCCGCCGCGGCGUCCACCGGUGGCUACAGCCCAGGGCGGGCGCCGCGCUCGCGGGCCGCCUGCCCCGGCACCGGGGACUGGCCGGGCUCGAGGGCGGGCUGCUCUUCGGCGGC